AUGCCAGGUGUUUCAGUUAGAGACGUUGCUGCCCAAGAUUUCAUCAACGCUUACGCUUCGUUCUUGCAAAGACAAGGUAAGUUGGAAGUGCCAGGUUACGUUGACAUUGUCAAGACUUCUGCUGGCAAUGAAAUGCCUCCACAAGAUGCCGAAGGCUGGUUCUACAAGCGUGCCGCUUCCGUUGCUAGACACAUCUACAUGAGAAAGCAAGUUGGUGUCGGUAAAUUGAACAAAUUGUACGGUGGUGCCAAGAACAGAGGUGUCAGACCACACAAGCACGUCGAUGCUUCCGGUUCCAUCAACAGAAAGGUUUUGCAAGCCUUGGAAAAGAUCGGUGUUGUCGAAAUCUCUCCAAAGGGCGGUAGAAGAAUCUCUGAGAACGGUCAAAGAGAUUUGGACCGUAUCGCCGCUCAAACUUUGGAAGAAGAUGAAUAA